AUGGCAGUCCAACUGCUGGAAAAAUUCAAAAUUCCGGCUAUCCAAACUUAUACUGGGGUUGAAGAUCCUAUUGAGCACCUGGACAACUACAAAAUGCACAUGGAUUUGCAGGGAACUCCGCAAGAAUUAGCGUGCCGAGCCUUCCCGCUCACCUUGUCCUGUUCUACCCGGGAUUGGUUUCAAAAACUCCCACCGGGUUCCAUCACGAGUUUUGAAGAUCUCGGACGAAAAUUUAUUACCCAAUUCCUAGUUUGGUGCAAACGGAAGAAACCGUUCGGUCAAUUAAUGGCGAUGCGCCAAAAGGGAGACGAAUCUCUAAAGGAUUAUGUGAUCCAGUUCAACCAGGCAAAGCUCAUGGUGGAUAACCUGACUGAGGAGAUGGUUUAUGCCGCUCUUUAUCAAGGAUUACGGGUAGAAGGACCUUUCAUGUCCGAGAUUGCUCUCAAUCAUCCUGAGAAUCUGGCUGAUCUCACGGACGUUAUUGAGAAGUACGUUAAUCAGGAGGAAAUCCUUGCGGCUCUGAGGGAGUCCCACAAACAAAAGAUUGCGGAGUCAAGCAAUCUCGGCAAAAAGGAAAAAGCCGGGAAGGAAGAAAAACGGACCGAAACAAAAAAUUAG